CUCUCUUGCUUCCCAUUAGGGUUUUUCCCCCCCCUCUGUAACUCAAAAACUCACUAAACUUUCUUCCUUCCGCCAUUAAUGGCUUCCACCUACAAAUCCUGAACCUUAAUCCACCACUUCUUUCAAUUCCACCAUUUCCUCUCACUAUUUUCCUUCAAUUUCUCACUCAACGCCUUCAAUUCCUUCUAUCCUAGUUCCUGAUUAUGGAGUUGAGCAAGGUAACCUUGGAGAUCUUCACCAAGCUCGAGCAGCAAUGGCUCUCUCACCACUGCGAUGCCGCCAAAAAGAUACGGAUUCUCUGCAUCGACGGCGGCGGAACCACUGCUGCCGUUGCAGGUGUCUCGCUAAUUCAUCUCGAAGACCAGAUCCGAUUCAGGACUGGCGAUCCUCACGCUCGCAUUGCAGAUUUCUUUGACCUCAUUGCUGGAACAGGCGUCGGAGCGAUUCUCGCAUCGAUGAUUGUGGCGGACGAUGGCUCUGGACGCCCUCUGUUUUCCGCUAGGGAUGCUGUGAGUGCGAUUUCGCUUAGGAAUUCGGAGAUGUUUAAAGUGAAAUUAGGCAGUGGAUUUUGCGGACGGAGGAGGUUUUCUGGUAGGUCUAUUGAUGGAGUGUUGAAGGAGUUGUUUAGAGGCGAGAAUGGAAAGGAUUUAACUCUGAAGGAUACUUGUAGGCCGCUUUUGGUUCCGUGUUUUGAUUUGAAGAGUUCAGCGCCGUUCGUCUUCUCUCGCGCCGAUGCUUCUGAAUCGGCGAGUUUCAACUUCGAUCUCUGGAAGGUCUGCCAUGCCACGGCAGCGACGCCGAGUUCGUUUAAGCCGUUUCAUCUCACUUCCGUCGACGGAAAGACCUCUUGCACCGCCGUCGACGGCGGUUUGGUGAUGAACAACCCGACCGCCGCCGCCGUGACGCACGUACUUCACAACAAGCGCGAUUUCCCGUCCGUCAAUGGCGUCGAGGAUUUGGUUGUGCUGUCGUUAGGUAACGGACCAGCAAGCGGUUGCAAUGGCAAAGUCCGCCGUAACGGCGAGUGCUCGACCUCCGCCGUAAUCGGCAUUGUUCUCGACGGCGUCUCCGACACCGUCGAUCAGAUGCUUGGGAAUGCUUUUUGCUGGAAUCGAACGGACUAUGUGAGAAUUCAGGCAAACGGCUUGGUGAAAGAAGGUGAGGUGUUAAACGAAAGAUGCGUUGAAACGUUGCCGUUUGGCGGGAAGCGGUUACUAACGGAGAGUAACGGUCAGAGAAUUGAGAGCUUCGUGCAACGGCUGGUGGCUUCAGGGCGGAGCAGCCUGCCGCCGAGUCCAUGCAAAAAUCCCCCCGCCGUCAGCCCACUUUCCGGCCGUUAGGGUUCAGAGACUAUAAAUAUAUUUUUUUCUUUUUUUGGAAGGAAAAAAAUGUUGUUAUUAUUAUUUAUUUUCCUUUUAAUUUUAACAUGUAACCCAUCUCAGGUUCACAUCUUAACCCUGCAGUUAAGUUAGUUUUCCAGCAGC